GCUAGGAGUUCUUUGAUCCAUUGGGGCUAUUUUGGUUCGUCUGGACAACGUUUCGAUCAGUCCACUAUGUCGUUCCCAUCGUAGGACGCGGACUCUUUAGCUUCAGGUGAAGCCAGAACCUUCUUACCCUAUCAGCAUGUUGAUCCUGCUAUGCAUUCUUCGUGGCAGUACCAGACCCGGCCUAAAGGUCCGCGGUAACCGAUGUGCGACCCAAAGCACGAGACGAGGUACGGUGUUGGAGCCGAUAAGCCGGUGUGGGUCAACUCGAGAGAGGAGGACAUUCUUUGUCAUCAACUGGAUACUUGUGUUUUUUGUAAGUCGCACCAGGAACCUUGACGUCAAUCGUGGGACCCUCCCACGGGUGGCCGCCUUAAAGACUGCUAUGGCUGAUGUAUGCUGUGCAGCGUGGAUGCACAUCCACAACAUGCAGUGUCAACCCAUGGCUGCAAACUCGCUCAGCAGAAGCACAUUCGGAGCGGCCUUUCCACUGUGGGGAAAAUGGAUAUGCGAAAGACUCGGAAAGCUAUGGACAGCUAUCGUUCCAGCCUUUCUGAACAUGGUCAAUAUGCCUUCCCGUAUCGUUUGCUCCGGUGCGGUAGACAGUUGAAAGCUCGGAGCAAGUUCGCUCAUGCCACUUGAGUAUUAAUGUCAGCGACGAUACCGGAUUGGAGAGGCAUGGGUUUCGGUUCCCGGUCAACGUG